ACGUUGUAAUUGCAUAUCCACAUAUUUCCGAACACGAGGACUGCGCAAAACUUCUUGGUAGAGUCCAAUUCAUCGGCCUCCGAAGAACGACGAACUUCUAGGAUACUUGGAUCCAUUCCGAUGGCAAUUACGUCCAGACGCAUGGGCCUUAGCGAAGGCACAAGGGUGUCAGGGGAACGAAAGAACAAGAUCUCCGACGCCGAUGCUAUUAUACAACAACAAUUGACCAAUGGGGGUCGAAAACCCUGGAACGAAGAUUUCUUCUCUCGUUUACCGAUUAUCGUCCAAACCGUAUUAGGACUCAUCGUUCAGCGCCCCUCGGUCCAGGUCCUCGUCGACAUCCGUCGACUGGGACCAACGCCUUACCGGAGGAGGAAGGUCAGAACCGUUCAUUGGCUCGAGAAUUGUAAGAAUUGUAACAACUGUGGCAUAAGGACAUUCUUCUUAGUUCUCGGUCUGCGUUGUCUCAACUUCGACCAGCCAUCUCCUUUACAAAGUCCUUUUGCGAUGACCGUUUCGCGUUUCUUUGUGCAGCUUAAGCAGACCCUGCACUCGAUCCUCAAGAGGCUUUGGACUCUGCCCCGCUCGCGGCAGGGACCUGCCUCACGGUUCCCUGACGUUAGACCAUCUGAAGAUUACAUCAGAACGCCUCUAAAAGGGGACUACGAGGAGGGGUUCAGCCCCGAAUCGUGGUACGCCACCGGAGGCGGGUCUUUUGAGGACGCCAACGGCGUCAUCAAGGCGUUGAGCUCGAUCCACCAACAUUCGCAUGUUGCUAUUACUACUGAGUUCUCCUUCUCAACGGAAAAUGACCAAGAAAACUCUGCGGUAUUUGCGCCACCAAACACACCGCUUCCCUCGCCACUGAUCUUCGCGGCUGUCGAUCCAUCCGACGAGCCUGUUGUCGUGACAGUGGUUUGACGUAGCAUAUUCCACGAUAAAAAGUAGGACGGCCUCUCCGGUACCUCCUCAUGUAUCGUAAUGUUUUCAUUAGCUCAAGGAUUGUCAUGCAGUUGUUGAGACAUCAUUAUUAAAUGUUAAACGUUGAGCAUUGGGCAGUGAAUUUGGCCGCAGCGGUCGUUUGAGUCAAUCACGCCGUCAUCUGAUGUGGCU